AAAAAAAAAUACACAUCUUCCAUCCCCAAAAAAACAAAACAAAACAAAACUUAUAUUAUAUAUACAUAUAGGAUUAAAAAUGAAAUGGGUAUUUGGAAAAUGGGAAAUAAUUUGCAUAGUUAUGAUUCUUGGAUGGUUAUUAUACAAGUAUAUGAUGAUGAUAUUUGAAAAAAUUAUAUAUAAUAAACAGGAAAAAGAAAAAGAAGAAGAAAAGAGUGGCGGGGUUAAACCGCCGAGAGGAAGCUCAGGUUGGCCGUUGAUCGGAGAAACAAUAGAGUUCAUUGCUGCCGGAUACACUUCUCGUCCGGUCACUUUCAUGGAGAAAAGAAAGUCUAUAUAUGGGAAAGUGUUCAAGACACACAUUCUGGGUAGACCGAUCUUUGUAUCAACUGACCCAGAAGUGAACAAAGUCGUUUUACAGAACCAGGGCAAUGUUUUCAUACCAAGCUAUCCUAAGUCAGUUAUUGAGUUGCUUGGUGAAUCCUCAAUACUACAAAUGAACGGGGGCCUACAAAAGAGACUACACGCAAUAAUUGGUGGCUUUUUGAGGUCUCCACAAUUCAAAGCUCGUAUCACCAAAGAUAUCGAGAACUCUGUCAAACUCACAUUGUCAUCUUGGAUGGGUCGGAACUCUCGCCACCCUCUUUACCUCCAAGAUGAAACCAAAAAGAUCACUUUUGAAAUUCUUGUGAGGUUGUUGAUGAGUGUGGAACCUGGUGAAGAUAUGGAGUUCCUCAAGAGAGAAUUUAUGGAAGUCAUCAAAGGCUUGAUUUGUUUACCCAUCAAACUUCCUGGAUUUAGAAUGUAUAAAUCACUCCAGGCUAAAGAGAGAAUGUUAAAGAUGGUGAGAAAGAUUGUAGAUGAUAGGAAAACAGAUAUGGAGAAAAAUGAAGCAAAAGCUUCAUGUUUGCCAAAUGAUGCCAUUGAUGUGUUGUUACGAGAUACAGGUGAAUCAGAUGGGCCACAACAACGGCUACCGUUGGAUUUCAUCAGUGGGAACAUCAUUGAGAUGAUGAUCCCUGGUGAGGACUCGGUGCCCAUGAUCAUGACACUAGCGAUCAAAUACCUAAGUGAUAAUCCUGUGGCUCUUGCUUGUCUUGUGGAGGAAAACGAUGAAUUGAAGAAGCGAAAGGAUGAAUCGUGUGAAGAGUAUGCUUGGACUGAUUAUGUGUCCUUGCAAUUUACUCAAGGGGUAAUUAGUGAAACACUUCGGUUGGCGAAUAUAAUUAAUGCCAUCUGGAGAAAAGCUCUUGAAGACGUAGAAAUCAAAGGCUACUUGAUCCCAAAAGGGUGGUGCGUUUUGGCAUCAUUAACUUCCGUUCAUAUGGAUGAAGAAAACUACGAAAAUCCUGAUGUUUUUGAUCCUUGGAGAUGGGAGAAAUCUGGAGCGAGUGUUAAUAGCAAGUUUACACCGUUUGGUGGUGGACAACGGUUGUGUCCUGGUUUGGAAUUCUCAAGGCUCGAAAUCAGUAUUUUCAUUCACCAUUUCGUCACGACUUACACUUGGGUUGCUGAAGAAGAUCAAAUUGUGUAUUUUCCGACUGUUAAGACAAGACGGAAGUUACCAAUCAUUGUGACCCCAAGAUGAAAGCAUUGAAUAGAUCCCGGUAGAUGUAUUUGACAAAAUAGUCAAACAUUAUAUUUUUUAUGAUGAAUUAUACCCAUUUGUUUGAGAAUAAAUGCGUCAAAAUGUAGAUAAUUAAGAUCGAAAUGUUAUAGUGUAAACGUCCCAUCAGAAACUCUAUUGUAUGCGAAAUUUGUAAAAAUGUUGAAUAACGUAAUCAUGACCAAACAAUCAAAAAUUGCACGUGGCAAGGUUGCCACUUAUACCAUGUUACAUGAUUUGAACAUUUUUACUAAGGUCGUGCAUAGAAUAAGGUUCUGAUAUUUCAUACACACUAUAACUUUUCGGUUUAAGUUACAUACAUUUUGUUGUGGUUAUCCCUUUGGACAUAAUGUGUAUAUUGUGUACAAAUGUUUGAAAGGUGUUUGGUACUUUGGUUUA